AUGCCGCUGCAGGAAAUCGAAUUGAUAGCUAAGGUGUACUUGCACCUACCGACGGCAGUCAACAAGGAAAGGACCGUGCUAACGUUUGACGGCGAAUUCAGUGCCUCUGCUGAAUGGCUAUUGGAAACCGAUGGUACCAGUCCGCUGAAGGUUCCGAACGAACGCGACGUCCACCUGCAUCGACGUAAGGUAACCACAUAUGCGAGAUAUUUGAAGUGGAAAUGUUUUGAGGAUACAGUACUGGGCAUCGAAGCUACUUGCAGUGUACUGGAAUGCGACAUGAAUCAUGUCGUCUUGUUUGACAGUAGUUGUAUGAAUUAUCGACAUCUGGCUUUGUUGUGUGGCGUUAUUACUUCCACAUGUUGCUUCAUUGUUAUCGUUGAUAUUCUGUUAGAAGCGGCGAACCACGGCAAAACUGAAUUUCUGCCAGGCGCCUUUGAAAAUAUCAUGCUUUGGCUGUUGCCGCACAUUGAGACCGUGCAUUCGAGUUUACCAGAGACGCUGAGCAGUACAAACUUGGCAUAG